UGAAAUUAAGGCAAGAUUUUUCUCACGAGGCGUAUCUGUGAAUACCAUGAGGUCGUUAUUUGAUCGGCGUGAAAAUUGACGUUUUAGGCCCGUCAAAUGAAAGAAGCGCUAAGAAAAAGCCAUCUGACGCCGAAACGCGGCACUAAUGCACAUGGAUCUUAAGUUAAUUCAAAGCUUUAAAAUGAAUAACAAAUGCCGAAUGUUCCCCAGACGAAAUAAUUGCUUGUAACUGUCAUCAUCAUUAUCCAAGAUACCCAAAUCAUGAUCUGACGAUGAAGCCUCGCAGCUCUUGUGAUGCAUGUCAUAUGCGAAAGACGAAAUGCGAUUUAUUGGAAGUAAAGGCAGAAGCAAGAGCACAAGGGAUUCUAGACUUGAAUAAUGGCACUCAUGUUGCAUGUUCAUUCUGUCAAUCAUUGGGUGUGACAUGUAAAGUAUCAGCUGAAUCAAAGAACAAGAAAGGGGAAAUGCAAAUAGGAAAACACAAAAAGGGAAAACGAAUAAGAGCAUUAUUAGAAGCUGAUAGAAAUGGAAGUGAAGAAAAAAUGGACGCUAGCCAUCAAGAUCCUAGUUUGAACGAAAAUGUGAAUCGAAAAGAUGGUUAUUCAACCUUCACUGCUCCAUCACUCACUCUUCAUUCGGGAAAGAUGCGAGAUAGCGCAGGAGACGCAAUGUUUACCAGAUGGGUGUCAAAGCUUAAUCCAAACUUUUCACGUUUGAAUAAUGGCAUUUCGAGUAAACCACUUUCGUCAGGCCGAAUGUUAAAUGUAGUGGGACUAAAUCAGAACAUUCUCGAGUCGUGCAUCAAAGGGUACUUUGAUACGAUGGAACGCUGGAUCCCCUUGACACAAGGACGUGAAGAGUUUCUCAGGCGAUCAAAUCUCUUCAUUCGACAAACCCAAGGCCUCCUAGACGAAGAAGAUGAAGCAGCCAGCAAAAAGAAUGAAAAGGGAGUUCAAAAAGGACCCAUUUCAGAGAUUCUACUGUUGGCUGUCGUCGCGCGUGGAUCGAUUCAUUCACCCUAUUCGGCUCUGUUUGAGCCUUUGGUGGAUCGAUUGGUCGAAGUGAUUCAUAAGGGUGAUACACUAACAGAGUCAGGCUUGGAUGGUGUAGAAGCUGUUGGAAUCAUUCAUGAAGCUUUUUUCAGAACUUUACAUCCUACAGCGAAGGAUGGCAAGCUUACAACAUGCCUGCGAAUGGAUCCAUUAGGCAAAGGCUUCCCGAUGGAAUUGUGUCUGUUCCACAACCUGAACGAUCCCGCCUCAGCAUUAGCCCAAACAGAUGUUGACCGUGCUGCAUAUUUGUUUUGGGUGCAAUAUGCUGUAGAUGCUUUGCGAAGUGCAUCGGCGUGUAGAAUGUAUCGUUUACACGAAGAAGAUAUCGGCUGGCCGCUUAAUUUGGAACCAAAGGAUUAUCCAUACAUCUACAUUGCAAGUAUUGCUAGGGAGUUAUGCACCGGCUUGUUCUCUUCUAAGUCACGGAGAGAGCCUUUAAAGGAUGAAUGUAUCUUGGGAUUACUUGAAAGACUAUCAGAUUGGCCAGAGAAAGGUGGAAUUUCGAUUCACAAGAUUUUAGAACCACUAUCAGAACAGGAGUCUGCUGACGGUCAACCACCUUUCCCGCCGAAUAAGAUGAUGGAGCUUACCACGCUUUCUGCACUUUGGCUACGGCUACAUCUAUCGUUAUGGAUUGCCACACAAGGCCCAAAAGGAGAACAUUUACUUCCCUCUACGCAUGAAAGGAUUGAACAUGAAACCUCGGUUGGCGCAACACGAGUGGAAAAGGUGGCUAAGUUUGCCGUACGAUACGAUCUCGUCGAUUGUGGCUCAACUUUGAUGGUCAGUUCUAUGGCUGCUUGGUUCUUAUAUCUGACACGAAGAUCUGCCGGAAAGGAUAAGAUGAAUGCAAGAAAAGAUGACGAUCAUUCAGAUCGUAUCAGGAUGGCACAAUCAAUGGUGACUGGGAUUCGAGCAGCAAGACAGACAAAAGGUGCACCGCAACUAGCCGAUGCAUUACAAGAUAUAAUCGAUCAAAAGACAAAUACGAAGCCGCUUGGCGUUGAUGAGAUUGCAUACGUAUCCGAAAAAGGACACAUGCCAACUGCUGCAAAGAAACAAAGAAGAUCUACCAAUGUUGCAAGAGAGCACUCUUCAGAUGAAAGAAGGGAAGAAAAAGUUCAUACCUAUGCACCGCAAUCUAGCACUAGAGCGACACUUUUCCCAUCGGAAGAAGAACAAAGGAAAGGAGCAUCAACUGCAUCUGCGUCUCCGACAACAACAAUCACACCAAGUCAAUCAGGAUCAACUUCAGGACCUUCAACAAACUAUACGCCAAAUAACAAUCAUCCAAUCCCUGAAGAUCAAAUGAAUAUCUUGAUGAAUGAUGAAAUACCUUCUUCCACCCUUUUGGGCUCAAAUGUUUUGGCUUGGGAUCCUGAUCUUUUGGCAUUUUUGGAUGCGUCUUUUCUUGGAACUUCAUAGGUAGCCUUUCCGCCUUUAAAUACACUGUAUAAUUAUCUAUCAUGUACUUUAUUCCCUACCAGUAUUUGGAAUGCGAUGCC